AUGUACGUGCAGGUCUUCACUGAACUUUAUUUGAUAUUCCUAUUCACUUCAUCUUUACGUACGCCGGCCAUAUCGGUAACCGGAGAAAUUCUUUUGAGGCUUCUUGGAACAACGGAAUUUUCGAUGAACCAUAACCAAAUGAGGACACUUAUUUUGGAGGAUGUUGAGGAACGCAAUGACUUUUUCGCUGGACGAAUGAAUCAACAAAGGAUAAUGUCGAUGUCGAUGAAUUAG